GGGCUACAACCCAGUGUGAGAUCCUCCAUAGCCCCAUCAGUGUUGGAAGCAGAGGCUGAAAAUAGAGUGUGAAAAUAGAGUGGCUGUGGGUGUUGAGCGAUCCCAGAGGGCUUGGCCAGGAGUAGGGGUGUUUAGGAGACAGUUUGUGUCGCUUAAAGGCUGCUAAUAAAUUCAGCUAGAGGCUCUAAAUCUGUGUUUAACUCUGGUGGAUAAGCCAGGGCAGACGUAAGAACUGGGAUUUGGGAAAUAUAUUUUUAAGAAGAUCUGAUUUGGGGUGGAUUUUAGAAAGAGUCUGUGAGUGAAACAAGAGUUUGCUCUUAUCACUUGGGCACUUUGAGAUAUCACUUGGUGAGAUUUGAGCUGAAAGGAGAGAAAUUGGAGUGAGGAAACUGAAUUUUAGCAAGCAAAUGUACAGCCUGAGGGAACCACUUUACACCUAGUGGGUGCUGAGAGGUUUCAAGGCCAGGUUUUGGUUCCAGGUUGCUGUAGCCAGUUGUUUUCCCCCCAGCUCACAGACAGAAGCUUAAAAUGUGCUGGUGUCCAUCCAAAGAGGAUCUGUCUGUUUAUCCUGAGGUAGCAAAGGCAAAAGUGGGAAGGGUUCCACCUCAAACCGCUGUAAACCACUGGUGCCUGUUGCUGCCUGUGUGUUUAUAUGGGUUGUUUUUUUAUUUUGUGUUAAUUUUGUGUGUUUUUGUUUAAAACAGCAGGGUAAUUCUGACUUGCUGCUUAGCAGUUUUGCUUCUGCUCCCAGGGCUCUGAAUCUCAGGAGGAAACUGGUUAGAAAUGUAUCCCUUUCCUGCUGAUGCUGUUAAACCAGCAUAUGAGGAGCAUUAGCUUCACAAGAGACAGAGUGAGUUAGUAAGGAAUGCAAAAAUGUACCCUCCGCAGGUGCUACAGCCGCGUGAAGGAGCACGGCGUGGGGAAGAGGAAAAGCAGCUACACGUUCGAGCAGCUGGAGCAGGUGUUUGGGCAGGGAGGAUGGGACUCCCAGCCCUGCCAGCCCGUCCUCAUCAACAGCAGCGGCUUGUACCAGGAGCUGGAGUCGGAUGGCAGCACGAUGGAGGAGUAUUCCCAGGAGGACUGGGGAAACCACAGUCAGGACCUUCACUGCUACCAGACCGGCGAGCAGGAAUUGGAUGAAAUGCCUACCACAAAAAGAACACUAAAGAUAAAACAGGAGUCUUCAGAAGACGCGCAGAAGCGUGACGUCAUGCAGAACAUUAUGCAAAUCUUGGAGUCGGUCCAGUUGAAGUGGGAGCUGUUUCAGAGCUGGACGGACUUCUCCAGGCUCCAUCUUUCUAACAAACUGGCCAUUUUUGGCAUCGGGUACAACACCCGCUGGAAGGAGGAUAUCCGUUACCACUACGCAGAGAUCAGCUCCCAGGUGCCCCUCGGCAAGCGGCUCCGGGAAUACUUCAACUCGGAGAAACCCGAGGGUCGGGUGAUCAUGACCCGAGUGCAGAAAAUGAACUGGAAAAACGUUUACUACAAAUUCCUGGAGAUCACCAUCAGCGAAGCCCGAUGCUUGGAGCUGCACAUGGAGAUCGACUGGAUCCCCAUCGCUCACUCCAAACCCACCGGGGGGAACGUGGUGCAGUAUUUAUUGCCGGGAGGGAUCCCCAAAAGCCCUGGCCUGUACGCCAUCGGAUAUGAGGAGUGCCACGAGAAGCCCCCCUCCCCUCUGGCCGAGCACCGGGCGCCUGACCCCAGCAAUGAGACUCCAGGGGAGCUGGAGGUCCCCUCUCCGCAGGCCUCCCUCCGGGUGGAUAUGGAAUCCGCCCGGAUUAUCUACUGUUACCUUGGCAUCGCUGAGGUCCGGACUCUCCAGCAGUGCCUGUUUUUACACUUCCAGGCAAACACCAAAACCUUCAGCAAAGAUUGGGUCGGGAUCAACGCCUUUUUAUCUCAGAACUGCGUCGUAGAGCCCGGCGUCUCGCCCAAAUCCAUCUACAUCAAAUUUGUGGAAGUGGAGAGGGAUUUUCUGUCCGCCGGCUCUUUGGUAGAGUGCCUGGAAAAAGCCAUCGGGUACCCCUUAAAAUUUAACAACUGAGUCUCGUCCUUCAUAAGGAUCAGGGCUUUUCCGCCCCAUUUUCCAUCUCACUCGGAUCCUGUCCGUUCACAGCCGGGCGCCUCGGACUUCCC